AUGGGCAGUACUGCACCUAACGACGAUCGAUUCAUGGUUUCCGCCUCGGAAUACGGCACCAUCCUCUCCCGGUUUUUUGACAAGAUCGACUUUCACCUGCCAAAGCCUUACUACGACCCCAAGAUUGAUUCUGCGCUGGCCAAAUACAUUGAAGAGCAGCCAUGGUCGGAGAGCUUGAAGGCGCGGGCCGUAAAGUAUGCUAAGCAAGCGGUUGGCAUUGCGUCAUGGUACCCUCGAACAUCAUUUGCUGUCCGUUUCAACUGCGUGAUUAUUACGCUCCUGGUGAUUAUCUACGAUGAGGAGUACAUGACCUUUGGGGAUGCGGGGACCGAGUUUUCUCUACGAUUGGUGCGCGGACAGGCACAGAAGGCACCAUUUCUUGACUCGUUGGCACGUUUCUUGCAAAAUACUGACCAGUACUUGGGACCAUAUGGAUCGUCUAUGGUCAUCAAGACCACGUUGGAGUUCGUGGAAGGCACUAACGUAGAGAACGAUUUCAGCGAUGCUGUGCCGCUGGAUGCCACUCGCUUCCCACGCUACUUGCGUGUAAAGACAGGCUUUGCAGAGACAUAUGCCCACGCCAUCUUCCCCAAUGAUACAUUUCCGGAGCACGAAUACCGCAAGCUGUAUCUUCCAGCGCUAUCGCCGCUUUGCGACAUCAUUGACUUCACUAACGAUAUCUUGUCCUUUUACAAGGAAACUAUUCGCGGCACUGAGCGCAUAAACUACAUUUGCAAUGUGGCCAACACUACGGGAUCGAGUGCCCUGGAAUGCCUACAAGAGACAGUUGACGCUGUAGAAAGCAGAAUAGUCGAAGUACGCCGUAUUCUAGAACCAUAUCCGGAUCUGCUUGCCCACGCCAGCGACUAUCUUGCAGCGUAUAUCGGGUGGCAUAUCCGCACGACCUCGCGAUACUUCCUCAAUGAGGUGGGCUUCAUGGUUAGAGUGAACAUAAAGCAGCUAGCGGAGCUACAGGAUUUGAAUGUGCCGGUUAAGCCAAACGGGAUAAUGCCCGAGCUGAAUGCCAUGGUAACCGCAUGA